UGUGGUAAUAGUACUUCCGGAAGAAAGGCAGUGAAUUUUUCUGAACAUGUGGGACGUUUGUAUGGAUGAACAUUUCCUGUUCUAAUCGCUUAUCGUUGAAUAAAAUCACCAGCAGCUAUGGGGAAAAAGGGCAAAAACGAAAAGAAAGUGAAGGGAGCAGAGAAGACCGCUGCCAAAAUGGAGAAAAAGGUUUCCAAGAGAUCCAAACGUGAAGAGGAAGAUUUGGAGGCUCUGAUUGCUGAAUUUCAGAGCCUGGAUGCCAAAAAGACUCAGGUAGUAGAGACUGCAUGUCCUCCUCCAUCAGCAAGAUUAAGUGCAUCACUUUCUGCUCACCCAGAGAAAGAUGAGCUCAUCCUUUUUGGUGGCGAAUUCUUUAACGGGAAGAAGACAUACGUGUACAAUGAUCUGUUUUUCUACAACAUUAAAAAGAACAGUUGGGUUAAGUCAGAGAUCCCCAACCCUCCUCCCCCACGAUGCUCUCACCAGGCAGUGGCAGUCUCUCAAGGUGGCGGCCAGCUUUGGGUGUUUGGAGGCGAGUUUGCUUCUCCAAAUGGGGAUCAAUUCUACCACUACAAGGACCUUUGGGUGUUGCACCUUGCUACACAUACCUGGGAGAAUAUCAAAGCACCUGGUGGUCCAUCAGGUCGCAGUGGCCAUCGGAUGGCUCUCAGCAAAAGACAACUUCUGGUGUUUGGAGGUUUCCAUGAAAGCACCAGAGAUUUUAUCUACUACAGUGAUAUCUAUUCGUUUUCCCUGGACACUUUCUCUUGGUCACGCCUCUCUGUGUCAGGCGUUGCCCCCUCGCCGCGCUCCGCCUGUCAGAUGACCUCGACACUUGACGGCUCCGGUGUCAUCAUCUAUGGAGGAUACUCUAAACUGAGACUGAAAAAGGACAUUGAGAAGGGAACUAUCCACUCUGACAUGUUUCUUCUCAAGCAAGAGGGUAAAGAUAGCCAAGAGAAGUGGACAUGGUCCAGAUUGAGCCCUUCUGGAAACAAGCCGCCUCCCCGCUCCGGCUUCUCCAUGGCGGUGGGCCCGGCAGGACGCGCCGUGUUGUUCGGUGGAGUUUGUGAUGAGGAAGAGGAGGAAACGCUGGAAGGUGACUUCUACAAUGACCUCUACUUGUACGACGCAGUGAAGAACCGCUGGUAUCCCGCUCAACUCAGGGGUAACAAGAUGGACAAGAAGAAACGUCGGCGAGGGAAGAAGGAUGAAGCUGGGGGGGAAGCAGCAGAUAAGGAGCAAGGAGAAGACGCUCCCACAGGGCCCGCUGAGGUCAUCAAGGAGAUUGUUACAGAAGACGGCACUGUGAUGACCAUCAAGGAAGUAAUCCCUGGAGCUCAGGAGGCGAAGGAGGCAAUUGAUGAGGAUGAAGAUGAGGAGGAGGAAGCUGAUGAUUCAGCCCUUGUGGAGCCCUGUCCAAGGUCCAGCGCCAUGGCAACGGUGCGUCAGGGCAAGCUUUUUCUUUACGGCGGGAUGUUUGAGGUGGGCAGCCGCCAGUUCACCCUGAAUGACUUCUACUGUCUGGACCUCCACAAGAUGGACCAAUGGGAGGCCUUGGUUGAGAUGGAUCCAAAGACCCAAGAAUGGCUGGAAGAAUCGGAGUCAGAGGACGACGAUGAAGAAGAGGAGGGUGCGGGAGGAGCAGAGGGAGGGAAAGAAGAGGAAGAGGAGUCUGAUGAGGAAGAUGAAGAUGAGCACCCAGCAGCAAAGGACGGGGAGACGCUGACAGAUUAUCAGGCCCGCACCGAGCAGUACUGGAUAGGACUCGCACGCACCAACAUGGGUGUGGAUGCCAAGGAUAAAAAAGUCACCAAGGUCGCCUUAGCUAUGGCUAAAGUCUUCUAUGAAGACCAUGCGGAGGAUGUUUGAGUGAUUUUGACCACGCUUUGUAAAAUACAUUAUGUACAUGUUAUGUUUUAUGCAAACUGUCAUUGAACGUGGAGUACAAUUUACUAAUCGCCAUGUUAGGUUGACUGAAGAGUGUAAAUCUUUGACCCUGUCCAGGGAAUCAGAGCUUAUAUAAAAGAUGCCCCCCCCCC